AUGUCUCAUAAGUCGUUGUCAGUAACGGAGGGAGACUCUGUUACAUUACACACUGAUCUUACUGAAAUACAUGAAGACGACGACAUUCUGUGGAAACUUGUAACCGAAGACUCUCUCAUAGCUCAAAUCAAUAGAGAGGACCAAAUCUUCUCCACAUUUAAUGGUGCUGACGGGAGAUUCAGAAACAGACUGAAGCUGGACGAUCAAACUGGAUCUCUGACCAUCACAAGCAUCUCAAUUGAACACUCUGGAGAUUAUAAACUAGAUAUAAGUGGAGAUGUUUCGUCAUCAAAAACAUUCAGUGUUUUUGUCUAUGCUCAUCUGCCCACUCCUAACAUAAGCAGAAAUUUUUCACAAAAUCUGUCAUCAUCCUCACAGCAGAAUUGCUCAUUGGUGUGUUCAGUGGUGAAUGUGGGUCAUGUGACUCUCUCCUGGUACAAAGGAAACAGUUUAUUGUCCAGCAUCAGUGUGUCUGAUCUCAGCAUCAGUCUCUCUCUACCUCUGGAGGUGGAAUAUCAGGAUAAAAACCGCUACAGCUGUGUGCUCAACAAUCCCAUCAGCAACCAGACUCAACGUCUGGACAUAAUUCAGCUCUGUACAGAUCAGGGUCUACCUGUGUUUUACAUGAUGUUGAUUGCUGCUGCUGGAUCUCUGUUGAUUAUUGCUGUACUCAUGAUCUUCUGCAUCUGCAGGAAAUGUACAAAAACAGUUCAGACCUGGGAAGAAAACAAUACUGAUUCAACAUUUUGUAAACCAACAACUCGAAAAACGAAAUCAAACAUGGAUGAUGUGUAUGAAAAUAUCCCCAGAAAACGAUGAUGAAAUACUGUGUCUACUGGAAUUUGACAUUAACUCGCACCAUUUGGUUUUGUUCACAUUUGUUCUCUGAUAGGAUGUUUCUGUUUUGUUUUGACUCUUGUAUCACAUUUUGUAAUGUUAUAAAAAAAAAAACAUUUUUGCAAUUCAAACUUUCAGUUUAACAUAUGAACAUUUAGCUAACUUUAAUACUGUUGUACUUUAUUAUUUACUGAUUGUUUUAUCUUUUAAGAAUUGUAUUGGCUGUCGAGAGCAUUACAUUGUGAUUACAGGAUCACACAUACAUAUUAUGAUUUCCUGGACAUUUUGGCAAAUAAAUUACAAGCACAUCAAAUUCACAUUUCAAAGCAGAAAAUCACGAAUAUAUAUUUUCCUUGCUAUAAAAAGAUGCUGUUAUUACAGAGGAGCCCUAAAGAACCAGCUGCUGAUGCCUAUUUGAACAACAAACUGAGUAAAAUGCAGUCAAAAUAUAUUUAUUUAUCUUUUAUAGACUAACAUUGUUAUAUUUAAAUGUUAAUAAAUCAUCAGUAUGUAGGCUUCUCUGAAUUCUGUUCUGUUUGAGUUUUGUACAGACUGUGGAUAUUUAAACGGAUAGUUCCCGUAAAAAAAAAAAAAAAAAAAAU